ACGCAAGAAACCGGGACAUCCACCUCCAAUUCAUUGACAGUACAACGAAAUCUCAUUCUGGUUUACCGACUAUCGUUCAAAUCUUGAUCGUCUUGUAAAACUUCAAUUUCUAAAGGGUGUUUUCAAUGGCGACAAUGGAGGUCGAGACCCAGAAAGUGUUGUCGACGAUGGUGGAUAGUUGCUCGGCGAAACAGGCGGCGAAACAAGGUGAGGGUCUGAGGCAGUACUAUCUGCAACAUAUUCACGAGCUGCAGCUACAGGUCCGUCAGAAAUCCCAUAAUCUGAAUCGUCUUGAAGCUCAGCGGAACGAGCUGAAUUCGAAAGUGCGCAUGCUACGGGAAGAGCUGCAGCUGCUUCAAGAGCCAGGAUCCUAUGUUGGAGAAGUUGUUAAAGUCAUGGGAAAGAACAAAGUUUUAGUCAAGGUCCAUCCAGAAGGGAAGUAUGUGGUUGAUAUUGACAAAAGUAUCGAUAUCACUAAAAUCACACCGUCAACUAGAGUUGCUCUCCGUAAUGACAGCUAUGUUCUUCAUUUAAUCUUGCCAAGCAAAGUAGAUCCCCUUGUUAAUCUUAUGAAAGUUGAAAAGGUUCCUGAUUCUACUUAUGAUAUGAUUGGUGGUCUUGACCAGCAAAUAAAGGAAAUAAAAGAGGUUAUUGAACUUCCCAUUAAGCAUCCCGAACUAUUUGAGAGUCUUGGAAUAGCUCAACCAAAGGGUGUCCUGCUAUAUGGACCACCUGGUACAGGGAAGACACUGUUGGCUAGAGCAGUGGCGCACCAUACAGAUUGUACUUUCAUCAGGGUGUCUGGGUCUGAAUUGGUCCAGAAAUAUAUUGGAGAAGGCUCUAGAAUGGUCCGAGAGCUUUUCGUCAUGGCCAGGGAGCAUGCGCCUUCUAUCAUUUUCAUGGAUGAAAUUGAUAGCAUUGGGUCUGCUAGAAUGGAAUCCGGGAGUGGUAAUGGUGAUAGCGAGGUGCAGCGUACUAUGUUGGAACUUCUUAACCAGCUCGAUGGAUUUGAAGCAUCAAAUAAGAUCAAGGUCUUGAUGGCCACAAAUAGGAUUGAUAUUCUGGAUCAAGCUCUUCUAAGGCCAGGACGAAUUGACAGGAAGAUUGAAUUCCCAAAUCCUAACGAGGAUUCCCGGUUUGAUAUCUUGAAAAUACAUUCACGGAAAAUGAAUUUGAUGCGUGGGAUCGAUUUGAAGAAAAUUGCAGAGAAAAUGAAUGGCGCAUCUGGUGCUGAGCUCAAGGCGGUGUGCACAGAAGCUGGGAUGUUUGCUUUGAGAGAAAGAAGGGUUCACGUGACUCAGGAAGAUUUUGAGAUGGCCGUGGCCAAGGUAAUGAAGAAGGAAUCAGAGAAGAACAUGUCGUUGCGAAAACUCUGGAAGUAGAAUACCAUACGAAGCACCCAAUGGCCGAGCAAAUUUCAAGCAUUAUUGUUGCUUACCCUUUUCGUUUUUGAAUUCUCUGCCUCACCUGGGCUGUGCUUGGACGUUGUUGAACUUGCUCAUUUUACCUUGAAUGAUGUUUUCUUGUCGUCAACUCUUUUAUACUCAAUUGUAUCUGUAACUUAAAAGUCUCCCCUGCCACAUUUUUUACCGCCUCCUUCUCCAAAUGUAUUGACAAGUUGCAUGUAGUUGGCAAGAAUUAUCAAUUGGCUGAUAGUUUAGAAUUGUGUUCUA